AUGAUAAUUUCAUUUCUUUGUGUUGCCGCGCUCUAUUUGUCUUCAGAAGGGUUUGACGAGGAUUUAUCAGAAGGUUGGAGUUGUCCUAAAGACUGGUUAUACUUCAACGGCUCAUGCUAUCGAGCUCAUGACACGAAACUGUCUUGGUUUCACGCAAGAGCCGCUUGCCGGGAAAACGGAGGAGAUCUGCUCAGCAUAAACUCUGAUGGAGAGCAGCAGUUCGUGUACCAACGCAUGGCAGUUAAUAAAACUUUCUGGAUCGGCCUGGUGAAAGAUAAAAACUCUCUAAGUUUCCUCUGGUCGAAAGGCGAGGAGCUAGCUUAUCUGAACUGGAUUCCUGGAGAGGGAAACAUUUUGGGUAAAGAGGACUGCGGUGAGAUGACAGACUAUAGUUCAUUUCACGGCCAGUGGAACGACAAAUGCUGCUCCACGAAACAGCCAUAUAUCUGUGAAAAAGAUGCAGCAAGCGGAAGAUAUUUCAAGAGAUCACCGAACACCCAGCUGACUAAGCAUGUGAUUCAUCAGUUGAUAGUACAAAGUGACAUUGAAUGUUUGCUUUGGUGUCGACGCUAUGAGAAUUGCAAAUCAGUUAAUUACAGACCAGGGGAAGCGCCAUUAACGAGACUUUGUGAGAUAAAUGCUGCCAUCGCAAAUGAGUUUCUUGGAGAUGUGGUCGAGAGCAAGGAAUUCGAUUAUUACGAGGCUUUAGGUUGA